UUGCCUCUAUCACAGCUGGAGGGACAGUUGAACCCGCAUCGUUCUAUCAAUACUUGAAGGAGAAAAUAUCAUAGAGCAUUAUCAUUUAUUAGAGUUAAUCAUUGUUUGAAACCAUCUUUGUCUGUCUCAGGUCUUUAAAAUUGCUCUUGACAUUGUAAAAAACAAAAAUGCAAGUGUCCCCAAGAACUUUGUUACCUCUAUGUAUUGUUUUAAUUUUCAUCAGUCAUCAAUGCUCAUCACAAUUUUUUACAAAAAUCGCCAAUUCCAUCCCCAGAAUGGGAAAACGCUAUGAAUUACCAGCAGUAAUCAGAAAAGUUGCCAAAACCCUUCGAUUUGUAAUCGAAACUGUAGAAACAUAUGAUAAAGAUGGAAAUGGAGAACUUAAUCCUGAAGAGUUAAUGGAUGUCCCUGUAAUACAAAAUGCUGUUAGGAACUUUAUAGAAAACAAAGAUAGUCGAGGUCAGUCCCAAUAUCCAAAAGGAGGAAGUGAAUCAGAGUCAACAAACAAGGAUCAAAACAUAUUCUUCGACGAAAGAAUGAUCAUGAGAAAAUGAUGAAUUAUAAACGUCUAAAAAAGUUCUUGAUUUUAAACAUUUUUCUUAAAUGUCUAGUCAUUGCUAAUGCCCGUUUUCUUACUCUAUUGUAUAAUAAAUAUCAUAUUAAAU